CCGUCUGCACAUGACCUUGCCAACCUCGCAACCUCGCAAACCGUCUCCGCAGUCAUGCCACCGUUCUAAGUCGAACAUGUUUUUCAAGCCUAUACGGCUCGCAGUCUUCCCUAGAACUCGAAGUCGGCUUCGGCACAGACAAUGAGACGCAGGUAUUUGAACCCAACUCCGAUAGAUCUCUAUCGGACGUGCCCAGAUGAGUGUCGCGUGUGAGGUGGACAUGCAAACUUCCAGCAAUCCAGCUGUGAGGCUGCGAAGCCUGCCAAGCUAAGCUGUGACGGUGCCAAGCUGCACAGUGGUGAUGAUACUGCUGUUGUUGCUGUUGCAAAUGCCUCUUGUCAGAACAUCUUCCCGAUCUUUCAAUGUCACCUUUUCGAGCUGGAGCGAAUGAUCCUACGAAGACUAUUACGCUCUACGAGUUUCUGCAUGGAUCUCGCAGGCCGUUUCGAUGUUGGAUUAAUCAUGGGCUCGGAGGCUCCAGGUCAGACUAAAGCCGAGGCGGCCAGAAUCGAGCUCGAUCGCAUAACCAGAAUCAGAGAUGCCUUGAACGAUAAGAAAUUGGUGGUUGUCAUUGGGGCUGGAGUGACACUGAAUGUAACAGCGUCUCAGUCGGGUAAAACACUGGAUCGGCUGUCUUGGCUAGGAUUGAUACGACAUGGCUUGAACUACCUCGUUAAAGACGACUAUAUCGACAAGGACGACUACAGACUCCGAUAUGCACAAGAGAUACUCGAUUUAUAUCCCGGAGAUCUAUUAGAGGCAGCACGAGUAUUAAGAGCUCUCUUGGACGAAGCCCGUCAGUUCCCUACUUGGUUGAAAGCUGUUUUUGGAGGACUUUCCAAAGAAGUGAGGCAUCGUGCCUUGCUGGAUGUAUUGAAGUCUCUCCACGAGAGAGGAGCGAUGCUGCUAACAACAAACUACGAUGAUCUCUUCGAAGAAGGUUACUGCGAAUUGCGCCGUAUCAGCCGGUCGAAUCAUGACGAUCUCCUAAAGUUCCAAAGUGGAGAAUUGCGCGGUAUCCUUCAUGUGCACGGCAGCUAUCAUGAUCCCGCAGACGUCAUCAUAGAUGCAACGGACUACGAGAACGUUCAAAGCUCGGACAUCAAGACUGUGCUGAGGACGCUCUGGAAUACUUACACGAUUCUGUUUGUUGGCUGUGGAUCCGGAUUAGAAGACCCAAACUUCGGCGCACUAUUGCAAUGGGCAUGCGACGACCAGAAGAAUAUCUCAAAUCGACAUUGUGUGUUGCUCAAGACCGGAGAUCCUUUCAACCCCAAACCUCUGGUGCGGUUAAAAUUUGGCCCGAACUAUUCAGAUCUAGUGCCUUACUUGCAGCGGCUACUUAGUGAACAGGAAACAGACGAUCCAAUAGACGCCACGGCCCCAUCUGGAGCGGAGGCAAAUUGGUGGAUUGGGAAUGGAAAAGCCCAAACAUUCCUCCGAGCGCUAGGGAAGCUUUGGAAUGCUACGAGCUGUGGAAUGGCACGGGAAAGAUGAACUUUGGAAUGCUACGAGCUGCGGAAUGCUACGGAAGGAUGAGCUUUGGGAACACUACGAGCUUUGGAGCGUUACGGGAGAGAUGAGUUUGGAAUGCUCCGAGCUUUGCUCUGAAGGCACACAGAGGAUUGGAGGGCAAGAAAACUGGUAACCUCCCCCCCGGCGUGAUGGAACACCCGCCGUGCUGGAACGAAAUCGAGCUACUUUGACUUCAAACCAGCCCAAAGUGUACAGGCAUACUGUAAUUCUUAUAAUUUCAUAUUCGCUAGAUUUUUCAGUCACUUUAAAAUAUGCGAGACUUUGUG